AUGACGGCGGGAUCGGUCCUCGCGUCGGGACUGGCCGUUCUGUUCAUCAUGGCGGCACAGGCAACGGCUCAGGAAAACCACGCCUUUGAGGUCCUGAACGUUGCGAACCAAACUUACCAAGGAGUCGACUUCUUCGCCAUCGAAGCCCGGCUGCCUGAAGACGGACAGUCGGGUUCUGAGAACUGGUGUAAGGACUACAGGCUGCUGUGUGCGAAGUACGGGCUGAAACCGACCGGCUGUGGAGAAGAGCUCAUGGGCAGCGUGCCCGAUGUAGAUCGGUGCGUGACUGAGUACGACUCCGACCCGAACAUCAACAACGUGCUGGGCUGUGUCCCUGCGGACGGCGUGGCUGCGGUGGCGGGACAGGCGUUCACAUCCGCCACGGUCACCAGCGGAAACAGCUUCGGCUUCUACAGAUGCUCUACAAGCUACUGCCAGCGCGGGAUAGUUGAGAGCCAAUGGAGCCUGACCAGCACAUCGGAGGCCUUUCCGGAUCCGGGGGACAGGAUGGUGUACACUGUGUGCAAAGGUUCCGCAGCCGUGCGCUGCCCGAUGCUGUCAGCUCCUGAAAACGGUGCAAAGACCGGCUCCAACUACUACAGUAACGUGGUGGACUUCACAUGCGAGUCCGGGUACGAGCUGGACGGAGACGCGAGCACCACGUGCCAGGUGGACGGCACGUGGACGCACCCUGUCCCCACCUGCACAGCCUUGCAGUGUCCGGAGGUGACAGGUCCCGAUAACGGCGCGGUGACCCCCACGGACACCCGUUCCUAUGGCGACGUGGUCCGGUUCACCUGUGACGCAGGGUACGAACUUGACGGUGAGGAAAGCAUCACCUGCCAGGCUGAUGGCACGUGGGACGAUGAUGCUCCAACUUGCAGAGACAUCGACGGCUGCUCCCCCUCCCCCUGUGCCCCCCUGGCCACCUGUACGGACACCCCUGCCCCCAGGAUCGGUGCCACCUGCACGUGUGAACCCGGAUAUGACGGGGACGGGGCCGCGGAUGGAACAGGAUGCACAGCCGUGCACUGUCCGGAGCCAACACCCCCAGAGAACGGUGGCAUGUACGGCCACUCAUUCUCCUACAUGGAUGAAGUCAAGUUCUACUGUAAUCGUGGUGAUUACGUUGAGAACCUUCCAGCGUACCGGCUUGACGGCGCCGCAACGCUGACGUGUCAGGCAGACGGCACCUGGAGUGACCCAGUCCCCACCUGUAUACCAAAGGAAUCCUAG